AUAGUAAUAAUAACCGGAAACUCAACACGUCUAUUCCCACGUCCAAUCCUUUUCAGCUUCAACUCAUCUACGAUGGCCAAAGUCAAGGCUAAGGAACUCCGUGGCAAAAAGAAGGAAGAACUUCUGAAACAGCUUGAUGAGCUAAAAAAUGAACUGCAGACCCUUCGUGUUGCCAAAGUAACUGGUGGAGCUGCAGCUAAAUUAGCUAAGAUCUACACUGUGCGCAAAUCAGUUGCUCGUGUCCUCACUGUCAUCAACCAGACACAGAAGGAUAACUUGCGUAAAUUCUACCGUAAGAAGGCUCACAAACCCAAGGACCUGAGACAAAAGAAGACCAGGGCAAUGAGACGUGCACUCACACCUUAUGAACUCACCUGCAAGAGUAAAAAGGAGUUACGAAAACAGCGUCUUUAUCCAAUUAGAAAGUAUGCUGUAAAGAAUUAAAGUUGUAUGAUUUGAAAUUAUUUAA